AUGGCUCGCUACGUUGCAAUAAAUGAGGAAGAUGCAAAAAUAUAUAAUACGUAUACCAUCCAGAGCUACUUGAGAGAUGAAUGUUGCCUCGAGCCUUGCGCACAAGUAGAUGCUGUUGCACGGGACACCUGUGACCUCGGUGGAUUUAUCCACCCUAGUAUAACCAAGGGUAUGAAGAUCCCCUUUGCUAAUCUUAAACAUCAUGGUAAAACUAGAUUCUCUAAAGCAAAAGCCCUCACCAACAUCCAAGACUUGCGUCUUCCGCUCCGAUAG